UUUAAUUUGGUGAUAUCGUAGUAGUGAAAUUACACAAUGGAGCAGAUAGAAAAACGUAUACUACUUCAGAAAGACACUUAUGAAAAAAUAGAAAAGGCUUAUAGCAACUACAAAAAGUCGCCUAAGGAGAGGAUAACUAUUGGAUAUGUACAAGGAAGAAUGGAUACGUUAGAUAAUUAUUGGAAGGAAUUUAAGAUAGUUCACGAGAAAAUACUUUUAUCGAUUUCCGUAGAAGACAGACAAUUACUUCCGUACUUCUCCGAGGAUAUGUUUGACCAGUUUGAGGAGUUGUUUUAUACAUACAAAGGAGAGUUGAGGACGGUUUUAUUGAAGCUUAGUUCUGAAACCGCAAAGGUGGACACGUCCAAACAAACUGUGAGUAACACAAGUACAUCCAAUAGUGAAGUCCGUUUGCCUAGAAUUUCCAUACCGACUUUUAAUGGGAAUUAUACAGAGUGGCAAUCAUUUCACGACCUUUUUGUGGCAUUAAUUCAUAAUAACUCGUCAUUAGAAAAUGUGCAGAAAUUACACUACCUGAAAAGUAGUCUGACGGGCGAUGCUGAAGUAUUAUUGCGGCAGUUUUGUAUCACCGGAGAAAAUUAUACCGAGGCAUGGGCGAUUCUGAAAAAGAGAUAUAACAACAAGAGAUAUAUUGCGAAUACAGUUUUUAAGAAGUUUUUUGGACAACGAGAGUUAUCUCAGGAAUCGGCCUCCGCGAUUAAACAGCUGUUAGAUACCACUGUAGAAUGUAUGAACGUGCUGAAGAAUUUAGGUUUGCCUACCGAUCAGUGGGAUGCAAUCGUCACGUUUGUCGUCAUAUCUAAGCUAGAUGUCAGCAGUCAUAAACAAUGGGAAGAGACAAUUAGUGAAGACAGUUGUGAUGGCUUACCUGGAUUUGAAAGACUGAAGCAGUUCUUGGAAACACGGUUUCGCACAUUAGAGAUGGUAGAACCUGCAAAUAGAAGUUACAAACAACCACCGAGUGUUAAACCGAAGUCAUUUCACACAACGGCUAGCAACGACGAUCUGCAAUGCACCUUCUGCAAGGAAAAGCACUACAUACAUCAUUGUAAGCAGUUUAGCAAGCUACCUAUUGAAGAGAGAUACAGCUACGUUCAAUGCAACAACUUGUGCUUUAAUUGCCUCAUACCUAAUCACACUGUGUUUAAAUGCAAACAACGCACGACAUGUCAAAUCUGCAAGAGAAAACACCACUCCUUAUUACAUAGAGAGAAGAAGACAGUAAGUGAAGACAAACAGGUUACAACUGCAACGAAAGAGGAUCCGCCUGCUCACACAAACGAAGAAAAGUUUGUCACCAAGGUCACAGCGCAUGUGGCAAGCGGAGAACAGCCUGAUGAGAAUAUAUGGUUAGCCACAGCACUGGUAGACGUCACAUCGAGUUCAGGUCAGUCACACGUCUUCCGUGCGCUCAUUGAUCCAGGUUCAGAGGUGUCACUAGUAACAUCAAGAGUCGUCGAUUUAUUAGGUUUAAAGAAAAACGAGAUCAGCGGCGUCAUGUUUGGUGUUGGUGAAGGUAAUCGCACAUCUCUUAAGCACUUAGUAGAUUUACAGAUUACGUCUAGAUAUGAUACAAAUUUCUCAUUUAAUGUAAACAAUGCAUAUGUGUUGAGGUCUAUAACGCGUUUGUUACCUGAAAGGGAAAUUAGAGGUUAUACUUGGCCACAGCUUAAGGAUAUACAACUGGCUGACCCCACCUUCAACGUACCAGGUAGGAUAGAUAUUUUACUUAGUGCGAAAAUCUAUGCUAAGAUAAUGGACAAUGGUUUGAUUAGGGGGCCAGGCGACGUAAUCGCGCAGCACACCCGUCUCGGGUGGAUCUUGUCAGGUGAUAUUGAGGUAAAAUCAAGCAGGUCUCAUAAUGUCAGGAGUUUUCACAUCACAAGACAGGUCGAGGAAGAUAACAAUCUACUAAGAAAAUUCUGGGAAUUGGAAACAGAACUUUACACAACCAAGAAAGCUUGGUCUAAGGAGGAAGAAAGUUGUGAAGAAAUCUACAAAAAUACAACGGUAAGGGAUGAAACAGGAAGGUAUGAAGUGCAUCUGCCCCUGAAACAAACUAAAGAAGAAACAAUAAAGCUUUGUGGUGAAACAAAGCAACAAGCAAUUACUAGGUUCCAACAAAUAGAAAGAAAGUUCCAGAGAAAUGGCAAACUGAAAGAAGAAUACACAAAGGUCAUCAAUGAAUAUUUGAAUUUAGGGCAUAUGAAGAAGGUAGAGAAGGAAGAUGAAAGGGAAGCUAUUUACCUAGCCCACCACCCUGUAAUUCGUGAGGAUAAGGACACUACAAAGGUAAGGAUAGUAUACGAUGCGUCGUCGAAGGGUUCCAACGGUAGAUCCUUAAAUGACAGCAUGCUAGUGGGACCUACCUUGCAACCUGAUCUACGCAGCCUUAUCAUUCGCUGGAGAUGUCACAAAAUCUGUGUGGUAGGCGAUAUAGUUAAGAUGUAUCGUCAAGUAAAAAUGACAAACAACCAUACCGAUUUACAGCGGAUAGUGUGGCGAGAUGAAGCUUCUGGCAUCUUGGAAAGUUAUCAGCUGUUAACAGUCACUUUUGGGACCGCUGCGGCACCUUGGUUAGCAGUACGAACGCUUCUUCAACUCGCUGACGAUGAAUCUGAAAGGUAUCCACGAGGCGCAGCAGUGGUCAAGGACUCCUUCUACAUGGACGACUUGAUGACUGGCCAUGAAGACUUAUCUGAAAUGAAAGUAAUAUGUAAUGAAGUUAAUAAGUUAUUAAAAGCAGGGGGCUUUCACAUGCAAAAAUGGUCAAGCAACUCUGAGGAGUUGUUAAAGUACUUACAAGAGGUUAGUGACAGUAAAGAAACAGUGAACAGUCUAGAAAUAAAGCUAGAUAAGGUAAUAAAGAUACUUGGACUUACCUGGGACAGGAACGAAGACACCUUUAAGAUUACUGUGAACUUACCGGAACUCAGGAAUCCUGUAACAAAAAGGUUAGUAUUAUCGGAUGUGGCGAGUCUCUUCGAUCCCUUAGGAUGGCUGGCUCCAGUCGUCAUAACAGCGAAGGUCAUGAUACAGAAAUUAUGGCUUUGCAACCAUGGAUGGGAUGAAGAACUGCCCGCAGAAAUAGUUAACGAAUGGGUUACUUACCGAGAUGAGCUGAACGAGCUGCAAAUGAUAGGAAUCCCACGGUGGAUGAAAAUCACAGCAGGCUGCAAGGAUAUACAACUGCAUGGGUUCGCUGACGCAUCAUCAGUGGCCUACGCCGCAGUAGCUUAUGUGAGAGUCUUGAGUAUCCCGAAAUUAGAACUGUGCGCAGCAGUCUUGCUUGCAAAACUAUUGCAUGAGCUCUCCAACUUACUGAAGAUACCGAUGGAGAAGACAUAUGCCUGGACAGAUUCGAUGGUGGUCCUAGCCUGGUUACAGUCUCAGCCAAGCCGAUGGCAAGUUUUUGUGGGCAACAGAGUCUCAGAAAUCAUACAAAUAAUUGACAAUGACAGAUGGCGACAUGUUCAGUCAAGAGACAACCCUGCUGAUCUGGCCUCUAGAGGAAUCAGAGCAAGAGAAAUAGUCGAUAAUGGACUAUGGUGGACUGGACCAGAGUGGCUGAAAGACAAAGAUACUGAGUUCACUAGAGUUGACAUUCUACCAACAAGUUUAGAAAUGAAGAAGACGUUUCACAUUAACCUAGGUGACACUCCUAUCUGGGAAAGGUUCUCAUCCUUGACAAAGUUGAAGAGAGUACUAGCUCAAUGCCGAAGAUUUAUAAACUGGAAAAAUAAGACAAGUCGAGAAGAUUAUUUGACAGCAGCUGAAAUGGAAGAAAUAGAAAUGAGAUGUAUAAGAUACUACCAAUAUUCGAUAUAUGAAGAUGAAAUUAAAGACCUGAAAAAGAAUGGUAAAAUUAAGGCAAAGAGUUCUUUAAUCACGCUGACUCCAUACUUAGAUGAACGUGGUCUGUUGAGGGUCGGUGGCCGCCUUAACAACUCUUCCAUAGCAGAACAAGCAAAACACCCUAUCAUCAUUCCCAGUAAGCAACAUAUCACAAAACUGCUGAUAAAAGAAGCGCAUCUCAGAACAUUGCACGGAGACAUACUGGCUAUGAUGACAUACAUUAGAAGCAAAUAUUGGAUUAUUAGUCUAAAGGCAGCUGUCAGACAAGUUACCCACAGUUGCAGGACAUGUAUUGUGGAAAAGGCUAAAACUCAACAGCAACUGAUGGGCCAGUUGCCCGCCCCGAGGGUUACGCCUCAUCGUGCGUUCCUUAACAGUGGAGUAGACUACGCAGGACCUGUGCAGUUGAGGACAUCGAAGGGUCGCGGUCACACGUCGACAAAGGGAUAUAUUUGUCUUUUCAUCUGCAUGUCCACCCGAGCGAUACAUUUGGAGGCUGUGACGGACCUCACAGCACAAGCUUUCAUUGCAGCUUUCCGUAGAUUUGUUGCCAGAAGAGGCCGCUGCUUACAUCUUUGGAGCGACAACGGGACUAAUUUUGUAAAAGCCGACAAAGAGCUAAGAGAUAUGUUCGCAAAAAGCAACUCAAGUGUAACUAAGGAAAUAGCGGAACUAUUAGCCAAUGAUGGCACAACCUGGCAUUUUAUUCCCCCGAAGGCUCCCAACUUUGGUGGACUUUGGGAAGCUGGCGUACGCUCGGUAAAAAGGCAUCUAAAUCGUGUUAAUGGCACCUCAAAGCUGACAUACGAAGAGAUGGCAACUCAGCUGGCUCAAAUUGAGUCUUGUUGUAAUUCAAGGCCUUUGUCACAUUUAGAUGAAACGUUAGACACCUUAAAUCCACUUACACCUGGUCAUUUUUUGAUCGGAGAACCGGUAACUAGCGUUCCGGAUAUAAACUAUGAAAAUAGAAAUGUUAACAUGCUGACCAGAUGGCAGCUUAUACAAAAACAGACGCAAGAUUUUUGGAGAAGAUGGAAAGCGGAAUACCUAAACACCUUACAACAACGUUACAAGUGGCAGGACACAGUGAAUCCGCCAACUGUUGGAGAUAUCGUUGUAAUCAAGGAGGAUGACAUGCCGCCGGCAAAGUGGCUAUUAGGAAAGAUAACAGCCUUACAUACAGGACCUGAUCAGCUGGUGCGUGUUGUUACUGUGCAGUGUAAAGGAAACAACCUUUUGAAGAGGCCCUUGUCUAAAUUAGUACUUUUGCCAAAACACCCCGAUAAUUAGGCUACAGUGUCCGCUUACCAUGACUUUAGUAUAGGCCGUAUACUUGUAUGUCACCAUCGAGAUGUACAAACCCGAGUAUAACAGGGUGGGCGGUCAGUCUUUUAAAAUACACCUAAUUAAAGUUUAAAGUAAAUACCUACUUAUUUACUUACCAGGCAAAACCUCUAAUCAACCCAAUCAGACAUAUACUUAGUCGCGAAUAAAGUUAAACGAUCAUUAGAUAAUCGCUUUCCCGUUGCGUAUCUCAAUACAUAUGCAUAUACUAAGUAUACUUAAAUACUUACCUAGACAUAACUUGUAAACGUUGGGAUGAUUUAGAUAGUUAUUUAACAAAUAAACCACUCCGGUAUUAUUUCGCCAACAUUAAACAUUACACAAAAAGAUAUCUUAUUAUGUUAGCAUAAGAAUC